AUGUCACCAAGUCCACUGGAACAACGACUGGCUGCAUUGCUUGAGAAACGACGAGCUCAGUCGAAGCUGCGAAGCUUGAAGUCUAGUCCUCCCGGCUCGGUGGACUUCUCGUCCAAUGAUUUCCUUUCGUUGUCCACCAAUACAAAAUUCCAGGAAGAUUACCUGACAACCCUCAACGAGAACCGAAGACCACUAGGGUCGACAGGUUCAAGACUGCUGGACGGCAAUUCUGAUUAUGCAGAGAACCUGGAACGGGAGAUCGCAAACUUCCAUGGAGCUGAGACUGGACUGUUGACCAACUCGGGCUUCGAUGCUAAUGUCAGCAUCUUCACCUUCAUACCGCGGAUGGGAGAUGUCGUCGUCUACGACGAAUUGAUCCAUGCCAGCGUCCACGAUGGUCUGAAGCAAUGCAGAGCGAAGAAUCGGAUUCCAUUCAAACAUAAUGACGUGGGAGACCUAAGGCGGAUACUGGAGCAGAUAGACUCUACCAGCACACAUCGGACAGUCUUCGUGGCAGUGGAGACAGUAUACAGCAUGGAUGGCGACCUGGCUCCUUUGACCGAGAUCGUCCAGCUGAUGGAGUCAAUGUUUCCCAACAACACCGCACAUCUAAUCGUCGACGAGGCUCAUGCGACGGGUAUAUACGGACCGAAUGGAUCCGGCAGAGUCUGUGAGCUGGGACUUGAAAAAAGAGUCUCCAUCCGUCUCCAUACCUUUGGCAAGGCUCUUGCAUCCAACGGCGCUGUCAUCCUAUGCUCUCCUGUCAUCCGUCUCUAUCUCAUCAAUUACGCUCGACCUCUGAUCUAUACGACGUUCAUGUCAUACCCUAAUCUCGUUGCCAUCAGGACAUCGUACACCUGGCUUCGAACAGGCAAAGCAAAUAUUCUUGCCGCCAAUCUGUAUAACCUUAUCGAUCACCUCUACACUCAACUCCACACAUUAUCAGUACUGGCGUCAGAAGCAACUGAUGCAGUCGGGGUGCCGCUAGCUACUCUUCCCACGACAUGUCCAGAAUCUCCUAUUUUCGCCUUACUGAGCCCCCACCCUCGGGCUCUAGCUUCUCAUUGUCAGGCGGCAGGGUUCAUUGUGCGCCCGGUCGUUCCUCCAACCGUACCCGAGGGUACCGAACGAGUGAGAGUAUGUCUGCACUCAGGAAACACCGUGGAGCAAAUCGACAGCUUCGUCGCAUGCGUCAAGGCAUGGAUCAUGAAAGAAAGCAAGAAACCGUCCCAGCAGGACGAAGGACAGUUGCUGGCUAAGAUAUAG